AUGACUGAUCAGCCAAACCAAUUGGUCGAUGCAGCAAAAGUAGGAGGGAGUGCACAUGCAUUGGAUCAUUCAAAUGCUGGCCAACAUGGUGAACCAGCUGAAUGUAGCCAGCACCCGGAUGGAGGCUUGGCUGCUGCAACUACGCAGAAUGGUGCAGCUGGUGAUGGCCUCCAAGCAAAUGGAUUGAAUCCACCGAAUGAGGCUGUUGCUACACCUGCACAUGCUGCUACUGUUGCACCACUUGAAGUCCCUAAUAAUGUAGCCUAUACUGAUCAUGCAGGGACAGGUGUUGUGUAUCAAUCAGCUGCAGCUGCUGAUUCAAAUGUAGUAAUUGUUGAAGCUGCGGCACAUCAGAAAUUUGCAACUGCUGAUUCAGCAGCUGUAAUUGGUGCAGCAAAUCAUAUCACAUCUGAUAUGAAUGAUCCAGAUAAGAAUGGUAUUAGGUCAGUGAAUCGUGGCACUAAUGAAGUGGGAACACAUGAUGUGCUGCCAUCCUUUGUUCCAGCAGCUAAUAUGGCUACAAUGCAACCAAGAACUUUUGAUUUGAUACGGCCAGAAUUGGAGUAUGCUGCAGCUGUUGCUCAUGUGACCACCAAUGCUGGUGCAGUAGCUCACUCAGCUGAAUCAAAUAGUGGAAGUAAAUCUGGUGCUGUAGUUGACUCUGGUCUCACAAAGGGACGCAUACCUACCCCAAGGAAUGCAGCACAUGUGAGUAGCAAUGUUGGAGCUGGCUCACUUCAGUCAGGCGGUGCUCUCAUAAUUCACAAGGCUGCUGAUGCAGCUGAUGUUUUGGCUUCAAAGGCAGCCAUGGAACCUGCAGCAACUGCUGCAAAUAUGACCAAUAUCGUUGGUGCAGCAGCUCACUCAGCUGCAUCGGGCUCAGCAGCUGCUUCUGGUCCCAAAAAGGGAAGCAUAUCUGCACCUGCAUCAGCAACUCCAAUAACAGCUGCUAAUGUAAAUGAGUCUCUCACAGACAUUCCUACCUCAGAGGAUUUAUCCAACAAUCAAAGCUGUGAUGUGGAAACCGAUCCAGAAACCGCAUCAAGUGAUGAAACACCCCCGCCUAAUCCAUAUAAGGCUUUCAAGCACCGCACUGCUCGUCAGGACUGGCCUUCUUGUGCUGAAAUUGCAGCAAAAAUAACAGCUGCUAAUGUAAAUGAGUCUCUCACAGACAUUCCUACCUCAGAGGAUUUAUCCAACAAUCAAAGCUGUGAUGUGGAAACCGAUCCAGAAACCGCAUCAAGUGAUGAAACACCCCCGCCUAAUCCAUAUAAGGCUUUCAAGCACCGCACUGCUCGUCAGGACUGGCCUUCUUGUGCUGAAAUUGCAGCAGUACACAAAAAAUAUAAUGCCUAUAAGCUGAGGUCUAGAAAAAAGGCUGCCAAAUCCUCUAAAUUCUCUUAA